UACGAGAAUACCCCUAGUGCCGCUUCCCUUCCAGCUCAGAGCUUUAUACCCUCCGUUCAAAAAACCGAAAGGCUCUUCCCAUUCUCUCUCCGUCGUCUUCCUCCUCCAUCAGAGUAUCUCUCUCUCUCUCUCUCUCUCUCAUUCAUCGAGCACCCAGAUUUCUUCAGCUUGACGUUAGAUACCACAUUUAUCACCUGUUGUCAGAUUUUGGAUGGGAACCAAGGAGCAUGACACUGUUUUUAAAGAUGACGAGCCUACUGCUAUUGACCACGAUAAUAUUUCGUUGAGCCAGGUUGAUUCUUCAACAAGCACAGUUCUUUGCGAUUCAAAUGUAACUACUGAAAGUAAUGAAGUUAAAAAGUUAAGUGAGGCUGUCAGUAACAUUAACAAUACCCCAUAUAUUUAUAGACAAGAUGUCGUCAGGAGCAAGAGUGGUAUGACUGGGAUUGUGACUGAGGUUGCUGGUGAUUCAGAUUCUGAUAGUAGCAUCACUGAUGAUGAGGAUGACGAUGAAGAUGAUGACUGCGACGAUGAUGAGAAUGAGGAAGAAGGUGGUAAUAACAAUAAUACUACUCAUGGGAAUGGUGACAAGAACAAAAAUGGUAGUAAUGAUAAGACUGGUCCCCUUCCCGCUGACCAGGUUCGAGUACUUUGGAUGGACGAGACUGAGUCAACCCAAAACAUUAAUGAUUUAACAGUUGUUGAUCGAGGGUUCUUACAUGGGGAUUUUGUUGCUGCUGCUUCUGACCCAACCGGGCAAGUUGGUGUUGUGGUGGAUGUCAAUAUCUCUGUUGAUCUAUUAACUCCUGAUGGGUCAGUCAUAAAAGACCUUUCAUCCAACGAAUUAAAACGUGUGAGGGAGUUCACCGUGGGUGAUUAUGUGGUCCUUGGUCCCUGGCUAGGUAGGAUUGAUGAUGUUUAUGAUAAUGUGACAGUUUUGUUUGAUGAUGGUUCUGUGUGUAAAAUUAUGAAAGCAGAGCCGAUGGAUCUGAAACCGGUUUCCAAGAAUAUGCUUGAGGAUGUGCAUUUCCCUUACUACCCAGGUCAGCGUGUGAAGGCAAGAUCGUCAGUUUUCAAGAAUGCUAGGUGGCUAUCUGGCUUGUGGAAACCUAAUCGUGUGGAAGGUACUGUUACUAAGGUUACAGUUGCUUCAGUAUUAAUUUAUUGGAUAGCUUCUGCUGGCUGUGGGCCAGAUUCUUCUACCGCACCUGCUAAAGAGCAGAUUCCCAAGAACUUGAAAUUAUUGUCUUGUUUUACACAUGCAACUUGGCAAUUGGGUGAUUGGUGUCUUCUUCCCUCAUCAGUGUCAUCAUCUUCCAUUCCGUUAGACAAGGGAUCAUCAAAUUUAGAACCUCAUGAUUCUGUAAGCAGUGACUUAGAACCUACUCAAAUGGGUAGUAAGUGUGAUUCAGAGGAGAGUGCGCUUGAUGAACCAAAUGGCAAUCACGAAUCCAUGGACAUCGAUCUAGUAUCUGUCUUAGAUGGAAACAAUGGAAAUACUGGAAGGAAUACAUCUGUUGAAUCUAGUUUGUGUAAUAGUUUAUUGUCAGUUUCAAAGGAGCCAGUUCAUGAAACCUGGCCUCUUCAUCGCAAAAAGAUCCGCAAAGUUGUGGUUAGGAGAGACAAGAAGGCACGGAAGGAAGAAAAUUUUGAAAGAUCCUUUUUGAUUGUCAAUACCAAGACGACAGUUGAUGUGGCAUGGCAGGAUGGUACAACAGAACUGAAACUGGACUCAAAAGAUUUAAUUCCGCUUGAUAGUCCGGGUGAUCACGAAUUUGUUGCUGAACAGUAUGUGGUGGAGAAGGCGUCUGAUGAUGGUGAUGAUGCUUAUGAAGCUAGGCGUGUUGGGCUUGUGAAAAGUGUCAAUGCCAAGGAGAGAACAGCUUGUGUGAGGUGGUUAAAGCCAGUUUCCAGACCGGAAGAUCCUAGAGAGUUUGAGAAGGAGGAAGUUGUGAGUGUCUAUGAGCUUGAGGGGCAUCCGGAUUAUGAUUACUGUCAUGGGGAUGUUGUUGUCAGAUUGUUGCCAGUUUUUGUCUCUGCACAAACUGCUUCAGGGACAGACUUAGAUGAGGAACCAAAGCAACAAAACGGACCAAGUGAUCUUAGUUCCGCUUCUACAAAAAAGGAAGAUCUAUCUACUGAUGAAGCUUGUUUGGACUUCUCCGAUCUUUCUUGGGUUGGAAAUAUAACUGGUCUUAAGAAUGGGGAUAUUGAAGUUACAUGGGCUGAUGGGAUGGUUUCUACGGUUGGACCUCAAGCAAUUUAUGUUGUUGGCCGAGCUGAUGAUGAUGACUCCAUCGGUGCUGGAAGUGAUGUUAGUGAUGCUGCUAGUUGGGAAACGGUUAACGAUGAUGAGAUGCCUGCACUAUUUGUCCCUGCGAGUACAGAAGAGGAAGUUCGGCUACAAAAUGCCAUUGGGAUGAAUUUUGAAGCUGAAGAGAGUGGAGAGAAUAAUUCUGGGAGGAACCCGGCAUUGUCUGUUCCCUUGGCUGCACUUAGGUUUGUUACCAGACUGGCACAUGGUAUAUUCUCAAGAGGACAAAGAAAUUUGGAUUCAAAUUCUUUGGAUACUGAAGGUGAGGGCGAAGGUGAAGUUGAGCCUCGGGAAGUAGAAAUUGCUCAGGGAGGAGAUCACGGUGAAGAUUCCAGCUCUCAGAAAUCUAAUGUGGUGGAUCCUUAUGGUCUAGAAAUAAAUAAGGAAGAAGAAGAGAAACAUGUUACCCCACAGGCUACAGAAAUGUUUGAUGCAGCAGAAAUUCUAUGCAACUUAAAGACUGAAGAAUCAGAUUUUGUAGAAUGCAAUAAGGAUGAUGCUUGCAGUUUCAAACGCUUUGAUAUUGCCAAAGAUCCUUUGGACCAUCAUUUCCUUUGUGCAGCUGGGCAGAAUAGCAGUGGAAGAAAGUGGUUUAAGAAGGUUCAGCAAGAUUGGAACAUCCUUCAAAAUAACCUUCCUGAUGGGAUUUGUGUACGAGUUUAUGAAGAUCGAAUGGAUCUCUUGAGGGCAGUUAUAGUUGGGGCUUAUGGGACACCUUACCAAGAUGGCCUCUUCUUUUUUGAUUUUCACCUCCCUCCAGAGUACCCUGAUGUUCCUCUGACAGCAUACUAUCAUUCUGGUGGCUGGCGGAUAAAUCCAAAUCUAUAUGAAGAAGGCAAAGUGUGUCUUAGUCUUUUGAAUACUUGGACUGGCAGAGGGAAUGAAGUGUGGGAUCCAAAGUCUUCUAGCAUCCUUCAAGUUCUUGUUUCGCUCCAAGGGUUGGUGCUAAAUUCUAAGCCAUAUUUUAAUGAAGCAGGCUACGAUAAGCAGGUUGGGACGGCUGAAGGAGAGAAAAAUUCGUUGUCCUACAAUGAGAAUACUUUCUUACUGAACUGUAAGACAAUGAUGUAUCUUAUUCGGAGGCCACCUAAGGACUUUGAAGAGCUCGUCAAUGACCAUUUCCGGAGGCGUGGUUUUUAUAUCUUGAAGGCCUGCGAUGCAUAUAUGAAAGGCUAUUCGAUUGGUUCUCUCACUAAAGAUGCCUCUCUUAGUGAUAAGAGUGAUGUAAAUUCAACUUCGGUUGGUUUCAAGUUGAUGUUAGCUAAGAUUGUGCCAAAGCUUUUCUUGGCCCUGAGUGAGGUUGGAGCUAAUUGUCAAGAAUUUAAGCAUCUGCAACAAUCGUAGCAUAGGUUUGAAGAUUCUAUUUGUCAAGAUCUCGGAUCCAUCAAGCCAAAAAGGUCAAUCCGUUUUGUUUCGUUGUUAUUUUCUGAAGAUUUCGGAUACUUGUCAAAAGGUUUUCACAUUCAAUUUGAAUUCAUUUUUUCAAACUCAAUAGAAAUUGAAAGCCUGACCCAUUUUAGUUGAGACUUCAGGCUAUCCCCAGGCGUAUACACCUUGUCAUUAGGCAUUCUAUCUCCCCGUUUUAGGCAUACUGGGGGUUUGUCGAAGCAAAGUUGCCGGCACUCCCCUGAUUGGGAGUGACUUUCGGCAUCUGGUUGCUAGCUUAUGUUGACAUAUCUUCUGGUAGCUUUUGGCAGGUGCUUUCUGCAGCCGCAAAAGCAACCAUAGCUUUGCAAUCACUUUUCGGUUGCUCCCUCUUCAGGAUUUUUAUGGAUUUAAUUGAUACUAUAUCAGAUAUACUGUGUGGAUUGGCUUCUCACAAUUGACUCAACUCUUGCCUCA